GGUGCCGGGGUCAAUGUACCGAAUGAUGCUGGGUUGUUGAGUACAUGAACGCUCUGGGGCGCGGUACCUACGGGUGCCAAGUCCUCUUCCCAUCUGACAACGGCACAAAGCAAACCGCCCGCAAGAGUACCGGCGGGAAGGCUCCGCGUAAGCAGCUUGCCACCAAGGCUGCUCGCAAGAGUGCACCUGCCACCGGCGGUGUCAAGAAGCCGCAUCGUUAUAGGCCGGGCACCGUGGCCCUGCGUGAAAUCCGUCGUUACCAGAAGUCGACCGAGCUGCUGAUCCGCAAGCUGCCGUUCCAGCGCCUGGUGAGGGAAAUCGCGCAGGACUUCAAGACCGACCUGCGAUUCCAGAGCUCGGCUGUGAUGGCUCUUCAGGAGGCUAGCGAGGCCUACCUGGUCGGUCUCUUCGAGGACACCAACCUGUGCGCCAUCCAUGCCAAGCGCGUUACCAUCAUGCCCAAGGACAUCCAGCUGGCCCGCCGCAUCCGUGGCGAGCGUGCCUAA